UGGAGAGCAACUAAGCAAGCCAACAACACAUCAUUAACCAAAAAAAAAACAUCAAAAUUAAAAGAAGCAAGCAUGGGGGAAUCCAAUGUCAUGACCAAGACUGAGGAUGGUGCUUGUCUGUCUGCAAUGCUGCUUAGUACUAAUCUAGUGUACCCUGCAGUACUGAAUGCUGCUAUUGAGCUCAACUUGUUUGAGAUCAUUGCUAAGGCAACACCAGCUGGUUCUUUUAUGUCAUCCCAUGAAAUUGCUUCUAAGCUCCCAACACAACACCCUGACCAGCCUAAUAGGCUUGACCGCAUGCUGCGUUUGCUUGCUAGUUAUUCUGUUCUUACUACUUCCACUCGCACCACACACCAUGGUGCCACUGAAACAGUUUACGGACUCUCACAAGUUGGACAAUACUUUGUCCCUGACGGAACUAGGGGCUACUUGGCUUCAUUCACAACAUUUGUCUGUUAUCCACCACUCUUACAAGUUUGGUCAGUGAUUUUAACUCCUAUAUACGUAUAUCACAUUAGAGGACAGGUGUAUGUAUGUAUGCUGAACUUCAAGGAAGCCAUGGUUGAUGCAGACAUUGACUUGUUCAAGAAAAUUCAUGGGGUAACAAUGUACCAGUACAUGGAAAAGGAUCCAAAAAUGAACCAAAUCUUUAACAAGUCAAUGGCCAACUUGUGUGCAACAGAGAUGAGUAGAAUACUUGAAAUAUACACUGGAUUUGAGGGAAUAUCAACAUUGGUUGACGUAGGAGGUGGCAAUGGACAAAAUCUAAAAAUGAUAAUCUCCAAAUACCCUUUAAUUAAAGGAAUUAACUUUGAUCUUCCCCAAGUGAUUGAAAAUGCACCACCCCUUCCAGGGAUUGAGCAUGUUGGAGGCGAUAUGUUUGCAAGAGUUCCACAGGGUGACGCCAUAAUACUGAAGGCUGUAUGCCACAAUUGGUCAGACGAAAAAUGCAUAGAAUUUCUGAGGAAUUGUCACAAAGCAUUGUCUCCAAAUGGGAAGGUGAUUGUGGUGGAGUUCAUAUUGCCAGAAGAACCCGAACCAACUGAAGAAUCCCAGCUUGUUUCCACUCUUGACAACCUCAUGUUUAUCACUGUUGGUGGAAGGGAAAGAACUCAGAAACAAUAUGAGACUUUGUGUAAGCUCUCUGGAUUUUCAAAUUUUCAAGUUGCUUGUCGUGCCUUCUCUAGUCUGGGAGUGAUGGAAUUUUACAAAUAGCUUAGAAUUUUAAGAUAAAAGUAUUAAGAGCAAACUGAUAAUAAAGACCUUCAUCUGAGCUCUAGGUCACCACUUUCUUGUUGUACUUUCCACUUUCAUGUGAUGUAACGUUUAUGCAUAUUAAAAUAAAUUGAUUUUGGUUUAAA